UCUCCGGUCAAUGACAUGCGGGCCCGCGCCGCCGUGAGGACCCACAUGGCGGGUGAGCUCCCCUCCCACUCGCCGGUGGUGUCCACUUCAGUCAGUCAAACUCCCUGACGACGAACGGUCAACACAUCCGGCAACCAUGCAUCCAUGAAUGUCCCGGUGCUUUCCUUCUUCUCAUCCUCAGCAUCCUUUCCUCUCAACGUUACCCAAAUCUCCUACGCCUUCCAGAGCAUCCCGUAGCCGGCGGCCUCUCCCUUUCGUUGCAACAACAAGAUCGACGCGAUGCAUCCGUUUCGCGUCCCGGCGUCCGCCGCCGCCGCCGUGCUCUGCUCAGCCACGCUGCUGCUAACAACCGUCCUUGCCACCGACGCCAUAAACACCACCGCGCCGUCGUCCUGCGACCCGGCGGCGUGCGGGGGCCUGCGCAUCGCCUACCCGUUCUGGCUCGCCGGCACGCACCUGCCGGAGUGCGGCUACCGGGCCUACCAGGUCAGCUGCGACGGCAACGGCACGGCCUCCCUCAAGAACUCCCUCUGGACGUACCAGAUCCGGGAGAUCAAUUACGGGGACGACAACGGCACCUUCCAGAUCACCAACGCCCAGCUCACCGACGGCACCUGCGACAUCGAGCUCCGCGUGAACGCCUCCGCCGACCUCGGCCUCGCGCCGUUCAGCAUCAGCGCGGCUAACCGGCAGCUCUUCUUCCUCUACAACUGCACCGACCAGCAGGCGCCGCCAACGUGGGCGCACGUGAACUGCGCCAACGGCUCGCGCAAUGACUCGUUCGCGGUACUCGCCGGCGGGUACAAGCCCGAAGACAAAUGGGGGCCGCUGCCGGGAAACUGCACGGUGUCGAUGAUGCCAGUGCUGGGCUACCCAGGGGCGGCCGGAAAGGACUACCGGCGGCUGAUGAAGGACGGCUUUCUUCUGGAAUACACGGUCGACGACUGUGCGGGGUGCGUGGACAGCGGAGGGCUUUGCCGGGUUAACACCGUCUACGACUUCUUGGAGUGUCACUGCCCCGACGGCGUGUCCGACUUCAUCAUCUGCGGCGGUCAGUGUCAAUUCAUCUCGGUUUUACCUCUUUUUAAUCUCCGUAGACCUGCUAAUUAUAUCUCAAGCUUCGGAAAUUAUCUCGCAUGCCAUAAUUAGUAUCAGUAUUACCUCAAACGUGUUUGCAAAUGUCUAAGUGACUGCGAGACCCAACGGACAGGCUAUAUGUAUGUAGCCCCAGCCAUGCCAUGUGGUUAAACCAACGU